AUGGCGGCGGCUCACGAGCUGGAGAUGAAGCACCAGAGACACAUACACAUCGCCCAGCUCAUUGUCAAGGAGGAGGACACGAGAAGACAAAAGGUCACCAAACAAGUUCUCCUUCACGAGAACUCGACAUUGCGCGAGCUGCUUGCCGAGAAGGAAUCUCAGAUCAACCAACUCUCCGACAAAUUCGAUCAGGCGCGCAGUGACCUAGACUCGUUGAAGGCGACAAACCGCGACCAGGAAACACAGCUGAAAGCCCAGAGAAGGGAGUUCGACCACAUCAAGGCCGAACUCGAAUCUUUAAAUAGCAUGUCCCACGAGUCGACCAAGGUGCUGGCCGAGAAGCUCGCUCUAUCCCGAGAGGUGAACACCAUGAAGCCCGAACUAGAACACCUGCGGUCGCAAGUCGCCCACCACCAAAACGCAAUCGCCGAGAAGCUAGAAUUGGAACGUCAACUCAACAUGGCUGAAGUGGAGCUGGCCGCCGUGAAACGAGCACGAGAAGAACAGGCGGCCCAGGCGGAGGGCGACAAGACGACCGAAGAAGAGCUGCGACGUAAACUCAAGGAUGCCGAAAAGAAGUUGACCACCGAGAAGCGUGAGAAGGAACAAUUGCAGGAAGAGCUGGAGGCGGCCGUAUCCGCUGCCAAGGCGGAACAGACCAACUCAAAAGUCGAGCGCGAGCUGACGAAGAAGCUUCAAGAGCUCGAAAAGACGCUCUCCGCCGAGAAGCGGGAGAGGGAGAAGAUGCGCAAGGAGAGCGAGGUCGCUCUGUCAGAAGCCCAGGCCCAGAACGAAAUGCUCGAGCAACGUCUCGACACGGUCAAGUCCAAGCUCCGGAACACGCAGGAAGAGCUCAAGGCAGUUCGCGCAGAACUGGUUGCCCGGCCGGUGGCCGCAACAAAGUCGCAACCCGCUGCACGCGCUGGAGGCGCAAAAGCGCAGGCUGGCCGGAAGCGAAGAGUCGAGGAACUCACCAUCAACGACAUGAGUAUCGGAACUCCGGAAGAUAUCACUCGCGGCAGACGCCCUGCUAAGAAGAAGGGCCUUGAGCAGUCUCUUUUGGGCGAGAAGUCGCUGUUCUCCAUCACGCCCUUCUUAGCCAAGUCCAAGACGCUCAACGUUGAAGAUGCAGUUGCCGAGGAGGAUGAAGAACAGGACGCGGCUGAUGUUAGCUAUAUUCCGCUUUCCCAUCAGUCCCAGUCUCAGGAGGUUGAGGUUGAGGCCGAACCAGAUGUGGACGACAAGGCUGAGCCCGAGGAAGCGGAUGAGGAGGAGGGUGAGGAGGCUGAAGUACCAGAGGAGAAGCCUGCCAAGGCCAUCAAGGCCAAGUCGAAAGCCAAGACCGAGGGCAAAGAGAAGAAGCCUCGUGGCAGACCCAAGAAGGCUUUGGCCGAGGCAUCUACGAACGUGCCUGUGCAGGUGGCUCCGGCUGCAGUUAGCAAGCCCUCGACCAAGGCGAGCUCAUCUCUCGAGCAAGUGCCGGAAGAGGCCGAAAGCGAACGUGAAGAGGAGGCAGCGCCUCCAAAGGCUGCCGGCGCCGGCAAGAAGGCCACUAUACCUGCGGCUACCGCCGUGGGAGGAGGCGAUCAGGAAGCCAAGAAGAAGAAACGCAAGCUUGGCGGUGAUACGGCGACCCUGUUUGACGACGAUGACGAGGUUGCUCCUGCUCCUACUAAGCGGCCCGGCAAGGCUGCCCUGGGUGCCGGAAAGGCUCUCGGCAAGACCCACCUGACCAUGGUGCGUAAUGCCGGCGCCUUCGGUAAGAAGACGUUCUCGCCGCUCAAGAAGGACAAGAGGGGAGUUGGUGCGAGCUUCCUGGCGUAA